CCGGAAGUUCCCGCGUGUGGCAAGACUCGGUUCUCGCACUUUUCCCAAUGCGCAUCGCUGCCCAGAAUUUGAAGGCCGCUGGCCAUCUCGUCCGUCCACGGCUGGCUGCCACGGUCCCACGCUUGGUCGCAGUUCAGUCGUCCCGUGGACUUGCCGAUUCGCGACCUCCACCAACAGAAAAGGCGAAUGCUAUCCUCGACUCAAUUCCAGGUAAUUCCCUUGUGAGCAAGACCGGGACCGUAAUACUUGGGACCGGUGCCGUUGCGACAGCUAUUUCGCAAGAGCUCUAUGUGGCCACGGACGAGACGGUGCUUCUCAUUGGUACCCUUGCAGUAUUCACUUUCAUUGUUCGAGCCAUGCGCGAGCCCUACAAGGAAUGGGCUGAGGCUAAUAUUAAUCGUAUCAAAGACAUCCUCGAGUCGACAAGGGCCGAGCACACCAGAGCUGUCACAGAACGUAUUGACUCUGUAAAACAGAUGAAGGACGUUGUCGAUGUUACCAAGGCUCUUUUUGCCGUUUCAAAAGAGACUGCUAAACUUGAGUCUGAAGCUUUUGUCUUGAAGCAGCAAGUUGCUCUUGCUGCCGAGCUCAAGGCGAUUUUAGACUCUUGGGCCCGCUACGAACAACAGAUCAAGGAGAGCGAACAAGCCGAGCUCACUAAGACUGUCAUUGACAAGGUCCUUAAGGCACUUCAGGACGAGAAGGCCCAGAAGGAUAUUCUACUUGGCGCCGUUGCCGAGAUCGAGCAACUCGUCAAGAAUAAGAAAAUUUGACAGCGUUCUAUUCAUGCUUUUCACAAUGUAUUGCAUAGAGAAAUGAAUGCUAUCUAUUCGCCAUCUCGACAA